AUGGCAACAAAGCAACCAGAGAGUGAUAACGAAUGUGAGAUUUCGAAAGCUAUUUGAUGAAACGAUCUGCUAGUCUUUAAUUAGUCGUCAAACUUCUCAGAUUCAUUGAACUUAACAAACACGAAGUCAAUUAUGAAACAAUUAAUGAGAAUUGUGUUUUUAGUGAGCCUAAUGACAAUUGCACACGGGGAGGUUGUCAUAUUUAGGAAAUGCAACGAAAACGUGAAAUGUACGGUUCAUGAAGUUCGUAUCAAUCCGUGUCCGGAAGCAGCACACAACAAAGCGUGCGUUAUGUUGAAAGGUACAAACGCUACGAUUGCUUUCGACUAUACUCCCGACUUCAGUGCACAGCAGGUCACCGCGAAAGUCUUCUGGACGCAGACUGCAGUAGAUCUUCCAUUUGCUGGGAUGGACACAGAGGGCUGCAAAUAUACUAGUUGUCCAAUUGUUGAGGCUCACAGACAAACUUACUCCUACAAUCUACCAAUUCAACAAAAAUAUCCAAAACGCACAUUCGAUGUUAAAUGGCAAUUGAUGAACGAGGAUCAGGAGAUGUGUUGCUUUAUCAUUCAAAUUGCAAUAAAGUCCAAAAAGGAUCGAAACUAAUUAAUACAGGCGCUCACUUGUGCUUUUAAAUGAGAUGCUUGUCGAUACUAAUAAGAAUUUUCAAAAUAAGUGUCAGUGAAGUGUUUUAUGUACUUUUUAAUCGAAUAUUCCCAUGAAUCCAGUAAUGAGUAAUGAACCGUACUGUGUUUGUGACUUUUAUGUCGAAUUCCAUGCAAGUGACAUCACUGUAUUUUUAACUCUUUCUGUAUUCAUCGAGUCACAUGAAAUACUUUGCUUGAAAAUAAACUUUAAAUAGUCUUUUUUGAAAAAAA